GAUCACCCAUUUGAUCAGGUAAAUUAUCUAGAACCGCGUCAGGAAGACAUCCGGAACAAGGCACCUACAGAUCUCCAGUCAUGUUGUCACUUGUCACACUGGGCACACCGAAAACCCUGCAUAGCUUGGUCGACUAUCCUUGCCCUCAUGAACUGGGGCUCUAAUACCACAUGCCGUGAAUGAAACAAGCUCAAUUGGUGGAGUGGUAGUGGUCUUUGCAGAGAAACCUUAGCCUGAAAUUUAUGAGUGCAUACAAUAUGGAAGAAGGCUAAACACCCAUAACUCAGCCAAUUUGUACUCCGUAGCUACAUAAUUUAAGAAAGUGUAACUAGUGCUGGUCCAUUUGCUGGAAAUUCAUCGAGCAUGUGCCGAGCAUGAGAAAAAGAGGGCUAAACCCUAAAUUGUUCUUCACGGUCAGGUGUUACUCCAAGCAAAGAUUCGACAUUUCUCUUGAAAACCCCGUGAUCCGAGUUUCAAACAAUGUCACCCGUUUGGGCCGCCCCAAAGAAGGGCCAAGGCCGCCUCAGUUCAUGGCUUUGCCGCCAUUUCAAGGUCUCCAUUUGCCCAGAAAGAAGUCUACCACCCCUCCUGGUCGGGGAGUUACUGCCAUUAGCUGGCUCAAAUAUUACUUUGACGAAAUACCUGGUCCUGUUAUUCAAUCCCAUUUCAAUCAGGGUCUGGUGCAGGUUGAAUGCCGUGAUUCAAAUGAUUCGUCUAAAAUUUCCAUGAGAAAGAUUAGGCAUUAUGAGGUCAUGGAGAUGGGUGCAAGAGUUCAUGUAUCUGUAACCAUUGCAGAAUCCAGAAUUUCCAAGCGCUUUGAUAUUAUACCAAGUGGAACCCUGUAUCCCAAUGCUGAUGAGAUAGCCUACCUACAGCGGCUGGUAACUUACAAGGACUCUGCCUUAAUUGUGCUGAAUAAGCCUCCUAAACUUCCAGUAAAGGGAAACCUUCCCGUUCACAAUAGCAUGGAUGCCUUGGCAGCUGCUGCACUUUCUUAUGAUUAUGACGUGGGCCCUAGGCUGGUCUAUCAUCUUGAUAGGGAGAGCAGUGGUCUUCUUUUGAUGGGAAGAACAGAUGAAAGCAUAUCCCUUCUUCAUUUGUUUCUCAGCGACUCAACAAAAAAGAAAUUUCAAUCACAGGUGUGGGAUGAUUGUAGUAAGGGAACAUAUCGAAGAUAUUGGGCGUUAGUAAUAGGUUCCCCCAAAGAAAAGGAAGGCUUAAUAUCUGCACCUCUUUCAAAGGUGUCUCUUGAUGAUGGGAAAACUGAAAGAGUCAUCUUAGCUCAGAACUCAAGCUUAGAAGCUCCCCAGGAGGCUGUCACGGAAUACCGUGUCCUGGGUCCUAAAAUCAAUGGUUGUUCUUGGAUAGAAUUGUGUCCACGUACAAGCAGAAAACAUCAGCUCCGCGUGCACUGUGCUGAAGCGCUCGGUUGUCCAAUCGUGGGUGAUUACAAGUAUGGUUGGUUCGUUCAUAAAAAGUGGAAGCAGAUGCCGAGAGUUGAAGUGGAGCCCACAACCAGGAAACAGUACAGAGUGCGCAGGCCCGAAGGGUUGGAUGUCCAAAAGGGAAGUGUGUUGUCUAAGGUUCCAUUGCUGCAUCUGCAUUGUCGGGAGCUUGUACUUCCAAACAUUGCCAAGCUCCUUGAACAGCUUCGUCAUUGUAAAGCCUCAGAACCUUGUAGAAAUAGUAGUGAUAUGGCUUCGAAACCAGAUCUUCUUCGGUUUGUAGCUCCGAUGCCAUCUCACAUGAAGAUUAGUUGGAAUCUCAUGUCUUCUUACUUGAUAUGAAACCGUAAAAAAACCCAAACAUUAAUCUAUGCAGAGAUUGUUGCCACAUUGGAAGUGUUGUUGUGUCUCAAGUGACUCUCAUGUUUGCUCUUCUGUUACAACAUCUGUUUUCAUGCUGUUGCAAAUUUUUACGAGUCAUACGACAACAAUAACGCAGUUAGAUCCCACCAAUAUAAAGAAGUACUGAAUCU